AUGGGUCUUAAGGGAAGUAUUUCUCCACACCUAGGAAAUCUCUCAUUCCUAGUCUCACUUAACCUGAGCGGCAACAAUUUUCAUGGCUAUUUACCCAAAGAAUUGGCCAAGUUGCGUCGCUUGAAACUCAUUGAUCUGAGUUACAAUACUUUUAAUGGGGAGAUUCCUUUAUGGUUUGGAGCUUUACAUAAAGUUAAAUAUUUGGUUCUUAGCAACAAUAAUUUCACAGGUACAAUUCCUCGAACUCUUGCCAACAUGUCCAACUUGGAGACCUUGGACUUAGGAGACAAUUUGAUUCAAGGAAAAAUUCCCUAUGAGAUUGGUGAUCUUCAAAAGCUGAAGAUGCUUCGUGUACGAUUCAAUCGACUUUUUGGCUCCAUACCUUCAAGCAUCUUUAAUAUGUCCUCAUUGCAAUUGGUUUCUUUAUCAUAUAAUAAGUUAUCAGGAAGGUUACCAUUUGAUAUGUGUUACCGUUUCCCUGAGCUUGAGAACUUCUUAAUAGGGGAGAAUGAAUUUUCUGGCUAUAUUCCAUCAAGUAUAGGAGAAUGCAACAAGCUUCAAGUUUUUGCUUUGUACAAUAAUCAAUUCAGCGGCAUCAUUCCAAAAAGUAUUGGAAAUUUAACUAGACUUGAAUAUUUAGAUUUGGACGAUAAUAGUUUGGCAGAUGAAAUUCCACGUGAGAUUGGAAAUCUUAUUAGAUUGGAGAUAUUUUAUGCAAAGAAUAUUAUAAUGCCUCCUCGACGCGGACGCCCACCUCUCACUAGAUCGGUUGAGAGGGGAAGAGGUUGUUCCCAACGUUGUCAUCUAGAUGCAGUAGAAGAGGAAUCGGCUGCAUCCACCAUUCGUGCACCACCUGCUGUUGAGCAGGCUGAGACUCCUCCACAUCCUCCACCACCCACUAGCAUUCUUGUCAUGUCUCUUGAGGCAACACAGACAUUGGUAGCUUUCUUUACCGCAAUGGUUGGUCAAGCUCAAACUGGUCAGGUUCCACCUAUAGUGCCUCCAGCUACUCCUUCAAUUCCGCCAGUACAGGAUGUAUCCAUUUCUAAAAAGCUGAAGGAGGCUCGGCAACUUGGUUGCAUGUCUUUUAUGGGUGAGUUAGAUGCCACCGUGGCAGAAGACUAG